AUGAGCUCCCGGAAGCUGGCUCUGGAUGUGCUUCGACACAUGAAACGAUCUGGAAAUAUUGUGGGUGCGACGCCAGGCCCUAGAAGUCAGCUCAACCAUUCUAUAAAAACUCGUGGAGAGGGCCAUCCUCUAGAGAGUGCUCAGCGACCUAGAGUAUUGAGUCUGCGGUCUUAUAAUCCACUUCUUUCUAAGGAAGACUUUCUUCAACUUCUUCCUCAAAAGGUUUUCUCGACGGAAAGUUUACCGGAAUCGCUUUCGGCCUUCGAGGUGGUUAAAGUGCGAGAUCCUCGAUACUUCCAAUUCAGAGACAAGUAUGAGCUUGUUUUUCCUACAUUCAAAGCAAUGAAGCAGUACCAGGUACAAGUCGCAUACAGUCGUAUUGACGGCGUGCGACCAAAUUUUCGGACAGUGCCAAUUGCGAAUCCACAAAGGCCCUAUGCCAAGUACGCUUCAAAUCUGUCAGCCGCAUUUCAAUCACGAGAGAAGUUUUUCGAGACCAUUCAUGCAACAACUGCACCAGCAGAAUUUGCUAACUUAGAUCUUGAUGAACUAAGACGAAAAAUCGCUCCCGUCGAGGAAAAGUCCCUUAUCGUGUGGAACUUUCCUCCCGACUUGAGACCUUACGAUAUUACAGAAAAAUACUGGUGCUACGAAAUCAAGCAUUGUUUCAAACUUUAUUGGGAUACGUCUACUGGUAAGACGCUUACUUACAUGGCAUUUAAUUCGGCGCAAGAUUGCAGUAAGUUCCAAAGGAACUUUCACGGAGUUUACUUCAAUGAAAACGACCAAUGCAAACUGUUAGUUGAAGCACUUCGAUAG